AAAUAUGGAGACAUGACUGUUGUCUGUGUGACAAGUGCUACGACAACAACAGCACACCUAGGAGACAUGACUGUUGUCUGUGUGACAAGUGCUACGACAACAACAGCACCCCUAGGAGACAUGACUGUUGUCUGUGUGACAAGUGCUACGACAACAACAGCACCCCUAGAAGACAUGACUGAUGUCUGUGUGACAAGUGUUACAACAACAACAGCACACCUAGGAGACAUGACUGUUGUCUGUGUGACAAUUGCUACGACAACAACAGCACCCCUAGGAGACAUGACUGUUGUCUGUGUGACAAGUGCUACAACAACAACAGCACCCCUAGGAGACAUGACUGUUGUCUGUGUGACAAGUGUUACAACAACAACAGCACCCCUUGGAGAGAUGACUGUUGUCAGUGUGACAAUUUUUACGACAAACACAGCACCCCUAGGAGACAUGACUGUUGUCUGUGUGACAAGUGCUACAAAAACAACAGCACCCCUAGGAGACAUGACCGUUGUCUGUGUGACAAUUGCUACGACAACAACAGCACCCCUAGGAGACAUGACUGUUGUCUGUGUGACAAGUGCUACGACAACAACAGCACCGCAAGGAGACAUGACUGUUGUCUGUGUGACAAUUGCUACGACAACAACAGCACCCUUAGGAGACAUGCCUGUUGUCUGUGUGACAAGUGUUUCAACAACAACAGCACCCCUAGGAGACAUGACUGUUGUCUGAUGAGACAAUUGCUACGACAACAACAGCAACCCUAG